CAAGAGGAAGGAAUUGCCUUCCUGCUUGUUGAUGAGGCCACACAGGUACCUCCCACUUUUACCUUAUAGCAGGAACACAUUGACAAGGCUGAAACCUCAAUGCAAGUUCUACACUUUUAAGGUGCCUCCUUCUCAUUGUUGCCAUGACUGAAAGUUUUAAGAAAGCCGCUGAGGAAGUGAAGAUGUUGAAAACACGCCCUAACCGUGAAGAAGUGAAAGCACUUUACGGUUUAUACAAACAGGCCACGAUUGGAGACAUUGAUUCUGCCACAGCUCGUCCAGGGGUAUUAGACAUCAUAGGACGACGGAAAUGGGAUUCGUGGACGGAAAAGAAAGGUAUGUCCAAAGAAGAGGCAAUGGCUGCCUAUGUUGAUGUGGUGGACAAGCUGAAAACAAAAUAUGGACCAUAAAAUCUAUUUCUCAUAAAUAAGUAUUGAUUUUUUUUUAAAUGUGAUGCUCCAUUUAAAAAAAAAAAUGAAGUACUAAGUUUGUGUUCUUAUGUGGAAGCUUGACCGUACUUUGCCACUGAUCUCUUUUUUACAUGCAAUUUUAAUCAAACGACUUUGUUUUUGCUUGACUAUAGAAGCAUAUGUACGGAGUCCUGAAUGCCCUUUUGAGUGAUUUAAUAAAACAGUGGCUUUUCUGCUUA